CCCAGCAAAUCGGAGCCGACGUACCCGCCGUAUAGCGCUACCGAUGCGCUCGCGCUGUUCGAGAAAUACGCGGAUGCGGACGAGCCGGACGUGAUCGGCCCCGAGGGGCUGGAGAAGUUGUGCACGGACGCGGAGGUGCCGAUGGACGGCGCGCUGCCGCUGAUUCUUGCGUGGCAGCUGCGCACGAAGGAGAUGGCGAAGAUCACGAGGGAGGAGUGGGUGAAGGGGAUGACAGAGCUUAGGAUAUCUUCGUUAUCUGUGCUUGCGCUCGCCCUCCGGGACCUGGAAGACCUGCUCAUCCUUGACAAGCCGCCGAUCAAGCGACUUAGCACGCCUGCGAGCUCGCUUGACGGGCCGUAUAACAGGGAACGCUACUUUGAUUACGCGCUGCGCAAAAAAGAGGCGUUCGUGGAGCUGUACCAGUUCUGCUUUGGGCUGGCGAAGACCGAGGGGUCGAGGAAUAUCGACAUCGAGAUGGCGGUACCGUUCUGGUCUGUGCUGGUCGUUCCCAAGUACCCUAUAAUGUCAGACAUACUCGAAUUCAUCAACGAGAAGGGCACGUUCAAGGGAGUUAACAAGGACCUCUGGCAAAUGACGCUCGACUUCUGCGAAAGCGUCAGCCGGAACUUGGAUAAUUACGAUGCCGACGGGGCCUGGCCGACGAUGCUAGACGAGUUCGUCAGCUGGAAGAAGAGCAAGCAAGGGGAGAAAGAGAGGAAGGGCCAGGUGGGCGGGGCGUAGGGGGAGUGAGUGUUGCUAUCACGCUGUCGUUGCUAUCAUGUUAUGAGAUUGCGCGGAUAUGCUACACAUCGAGUGAUAAUACAGGAACG